CACACACACACACACACACACACACACAGUCCCUGGGCUCUCAGUCUCGUCCUCCUGCCUCUGAGAGGAAGAUGGUACCGUGCACAGUGCGUCCUGUACGCGGAGCCAGGCCGUCACACACCGACUCGCUGCGGGAAUUUUGAACUCAUCAUGCCGGGAUACGUCCGAUUCCUGCUCCUACUUCUGUGCCUGAUCCUCAUCGGAGAGUGCAGGAGACACAAAAGCAGGAAAAAGCGUUCGUGGACAUCGCCGGCGGAGAUUCACAAGCAGGGCAAUCCUCUGACGAAGAAGCUUUCGGAUGGAACCAAAUCCCGAAAGGUGAAGACCAGCCACCUUCUGCGCAUAGACGACCAUGAUUUCACGAUGAGGCCCGCCUUUGCAGGUCCUGCUGUCCCGGUCGGCGUGGAUGUUCAGGUGGAGAGUUUGGACAGCAUAUCCGAGGUCGACAUGGACUUCACCAUGACCCUGUAUCUGAGGCACUACUGGAAGGACGAGAGGCUGGCCUUCCCCAGCUCCACCAACAAGAGCAUGACCUUCGACGGGCGACUGGUGAAGAAAAUCUGGGUACCUGAUGUGUUUUUCGUCCACUCCAAGAGGUCCUUCAUCCACGACACCACCACCGACAACAUCAUGCUGCGGGUCUUCCCAGACGGUCACGUCCUGUACAGCCUGAGGGUCACAGUUACUGCUGCAUGCAACAUGGAUUUCAGUCGCUUCCCUUUGGACUCGCAGACAUGCACGCUGGAGCUGGAGAGCUAUGCUUACACGGACGAGGACCUGAUGCUGUACUGGAAGAGCGGUGAUGAGUCCCUGAGCACCGACGACAGGAUUUCCCUGUCGCAGUUCCUCAUCCAGAAGUUUCACACUACCUCUAGACUGGCUUUCUACAGCAGCACAGGCUGGUACAACCGUCUCUACAUCAACUUCACCCUGCGGCGUCACAUCUUCUUUUUCCUGCUGCAGACCUACUUCCCUGCCACUCUGAUGGUCAUGCUGUCCUGGGUGUCCUUCUGGAUCGACCGCAGGGCCGUCCCUGCCAGAGUCUCAUUAGGCAUAACCACGGUGCUCACCAUGUCCACCAUCAUCACUGGAGUCAACGCCUCCAUGCCCAGGGUCUCCUACAUCAAAGCUGUGGACAUUUACCUCUGGGUCAGCUUUGUCUUCGUCUUCCUGUCUGUGCUUGAAUAUGCUGCCGUCAACUACCUGACGACAGUGAGGGACGGAAAAGACCGGAAGCUCAGGGAAAAAGUCAGGGAACAGAACCUCCCUUGCACCUGUGGUAUGUCCCAUACCAGGACCAUGAUGCUGGAUGGUACCUACAGCGAGGCAGACACUAACAGCUUGGCAGGGUACACCAGAGCCUCCAUGAUGGCUGAGGACGCGUCUGAAAAACAAGAACGAAUGGUGGUGCAUCUCUCUCUGGACAACGAGUCCACGGGGACCAAGAAAAAGGGCAUCCGCGGCUUCCGGAUAAUCCAUAACACCCACGCUAUUGACACCUACUCUCGCAUGAUUUUCCCUGGUGCCUACAUCCUUUUUAAUCUGAUCUACUGGUGUGCGUACUGCUGAGUGUGUGUGUUUCAGCCUAAACUGAAGCAGUGAAAGAAAAAAGAAAAACUGCUAAACCAUUUCAUUGACAUUGGAAAAGAGAUAGUUGUUCACAAACUGCAUGAUCAGGUGGAGCGGCGAGUGGAGCGGCGAGUGGAGCGGACAGACGGCUGAAAAAUAACACAGGUUUCUGGGUGUAAAUUUCACUAACUCUCGCCCAUGUCACCACUGGACUGGGUCACUAAUGCAGUUUCUCCUCCUUUAUAUAAUUAUAUCAUAAGCUCAUAGGUACUCCAAUCACAUUCCAACAACCUGGUUGGGCUAGUUGCACAAGUUGUGCUGUUCAACUAGUCUACUGCCAGUUGUAAAAAAAAUAUAAACUGAAUAAUUUAAGACUGACAUGGUAGCCACUGAACCCCAUGGUCUCAUUGACUUGUAUUAAUUCGGUAUUUCGCAACAAAAUCAAGGUUGGACAGAUCAUUUACUCAAAUUUUUCCCUGUUUUAGUCUCCACCAUCUCCCAGGGAAAUAGUUGGCUCUUUGGGGAAAACAAGGUUCAUGAGAGUAGAGAAUAAAGGCCAGAUAACCAAAACAAGUAGUUAAAAGAAACUAAACAUCUCUGUGGUGUAGUAAUUAUUUAUGGGUUUAUCACUAUGGUAAUUCCCUUUACAUUGCAUUUAGUUAUAUCUUUGGUUGAUACAAGAAAUAUUGAUUUGCCAAGCUUUAAGAUUGUCACAGCUUUUUAAAACUGAGGAACUUCUAUGUCAAUGUGAAGCUGGACUGUUGUGAUCUGAGCCAUAUUCAGACUCUUGUCUUUGUGCAGCCAGGCUCUGCCUAGACGUUCCCUAAAUAAUACUCUCUAUUUUUCAUAAUCAAACUGUCAAAAUAAUAGCCGCAUAUCAUUUGGAUGCUAUUGUCUCUGUAACCUUUGGAGCUGUCGGAGUCACAUUACUGAACAUUUAAUGAGGCAGUAAGUGAGCUAAAUACCAGGCUUUCUUCCCUGAACAUCACUCCAACUACAGUGACAACAUUUCAGUUCAACUGACAGUCAGCGUUCCUUCCCAGUAUUACUCAUCGACUGUUGUUGACGUUCUCCAGACGACAGCAACUGAUAAAGCCAGGACUUAACAGGAUGCUACCACUGUAUUGUAGUAAUGUGUGUAUUUAUUUAUGGAUUUGCGGGCUUCAUUGUUCACUGACUUACUUUUAUUUAAUAUUGUUUAUUUAUUUCUUAAGCGUCAAUGGAUACAUCUGCCAUUAUACCUUAAGUUGGCAAAGAAGCACGAAAUGGGGGUUGUACAAAACUGCUUGAUGCAUGCUGCAAGACGUGCAAUACUGUAUCUUUUAGAGUUGUAUAUUUCCUAGAAAGGAGUUUAAAACAUGAUAAGCUUUAGCAGUGAUGUAAACCAACUUGAACCGCCUUAAGUGAACAUUUUUUUAUACACACACAUGGUUCUAAAAUGAAUUUUGUUCAAUUUGACUGUUUGAGUACCAUGAGUGACUGCAUAGUUUUCCUUGAGGUUUUCUCAGCAGGAUUUAAUUCGGGUUUCACAUUUUAUUUUAUGAUGUGGGAAGCAGAGGAAACUGCACCAACCACACAUCUAAAUUUCAGUCAACACUGGGGCAGCCAUAGUAAUUGCUCGAAUCAAUCGAAGACUGUGUCCGAAAUCACUCACCAAUCACUAGUAUAGUCCACCAAAUAGUGAAUUUGCAAAUAUUGUGCUGUUGGAAUAUUUAGUAACAUGUUUUUGUACCCUAUCUAGUGGAGUCAUUGUUACCCACAGUGCAUUGUGAACGGUAGUGUACAAGUGGUGGCAAUAUAUACCAUCAAGUGCUCCUCCUGUGGCAUUGACAAGAAGACAAAUGGCAGCACAUAAAAAUAUCUGAAUUAUCAUGUGAAUGAAGACAGACAGGUUUACAUUUGCCUGGAUUUUCACAUUUUACUAUGGGUCAUCACUGGCUCAUUAAAAACCAGAGUGGUGUCUGAGAGCAUUGUUUAUUUUGCUGAUGGUCUACUACAUGGAAGGCCCUUUAUAGUGAGAAGGGCGUGGGUGAUUUCGGACACACCAAUUUCUUUUUUUAACAUCGAUCUUAUAAAGAAAGAGUUUUUAGCUCUCUUUUCUUUUGGUGGCUUUAUUUAUGUUUGUUUAUUUUCUUACAACAACUGUACAACUCCGUCCAUUUCAUAUAUGCUUAUUGCAAUAUUUCGAGUUUGCUAUUGCUAAGUUGCAUAGCAUCCCACAUAGCUGACGAGCUAGGUGGGUCCCCAUCCUUGUUUGACCUACUAUUGAUUGGUCAAAUAUUUCUCCAAACAGGGGGGGCAUUGCAGUGCACACAAUCCCAGACAUUUGAUUCAGCAGGCAAAGCUAGCUCUGUCCCACUCUUAAUGGGAAGCUUGGAUAGCAUCACCUUGGCUCUAGCUGGAUACAUGCCGCACAGAUAUGAGAAUGGUGUUGAUCUUUUCAUGACACCCUCAGCUAAAAUUUGAGUGCUCUUCUAAUGGAAGGUCUCAACCUAAAUCUUCAGUUACCAUUAAGCGCUUUAGCUUCAAAGCAGCAAUAAAUUGACAAGACUUAGGCUGUGUCUCAGGGGCUGCAUACUUCGGAGGCUGCAUCUGAAGACAGGCUACAUCACAGUUGCGCAACUAGGCCGUACCUUAUCAGAGGCACCUUCAAAUGUGGCUGACAAAUGCUUCCUUCCAUUGCUGAGAAACGAAGGCUCCAGUGAGUGGAUCCUUCCCGACCCAACACAUCCCUGAUUUCUUUGCGCUUCAGUGACAAACUAUUUUCCAAAGACGUAAAGAAGCCAGCAAGCGAAGAGACCUCCAAUUCUUGGGUGUCACGCUUCAACUCAACCGAACAGCUAACGGUACACAUGUUAAAAAACUAAGGGGCAUUCAAACUUUUUCGUUGUGUCAAACUUCAGCUCUGUCCUUCACGGGCUACAUGACCUUUGAAGGACGCAGUCUUUGUGGACUGGGUAGAACACAGCCCCCGAAGGCUGCCACCCCUGAAUAGAGAUAGCUUUCUCGUGAUUACAUUUUUUUUCUCAAGGCGCAUAUAAUUUUGGAACGGAAUUCUCAAAACAGCAGUCAGAUUAUCUCAGCAAAAAAAACAACAAGAAGACAAGCCCACUACAGCUUCCAAACCGACAUCACUUCUACCUUCAUCCUCAGAAAAUGUUCAGAAUGUAAUGCUUACAGAGCAAAUUUCAUAAAUAAAGUCUUUCUUUCAUGCA